CGACAAGGUUGCUUGGGAAUUUUUUGCAUAGAACAAUCAACAAUUACACUUAUUUUGCUAUCGUUUGAGCAUCUCAAAAAUUUCUCCGGGGAGAUUUGUUUGGUAAUAUAUUUCUUCUUUGAUAAAUCUCUUACCUUUGAGCAAAGUUCUUCGUGUUGCUCCAAUUCAAUAUUUAUGUAUUAUCACCAGAAAUCGUUACUUUUCUAAAGUUCCACAAUGUUUAUUCUAAUCUAAAGACUUUUCACUUUUUGUACGCUUUUAGAGAUCUCAAAUUGUUUAUUUUUGUCAUGGUGUGACUCUGGGAUUGUUUCAUUACGCGCUUUUUAUUACUCUUCUUCGGCGAUGAACUCAAGGAAUUCUGAUAGACUUGAUUGUAUAUAUACUCUUCCACAAAGAAGAUGCUCAAGGUCCCUGAACACCAAGUUGCUGGUCACAUUGCUAGUGAUGGGAAGCUCGGUCCACUCGUAGAUGACCAAGGCCGGUUCUUCAAGCCACUUCAGGGAGAUUCUCGUGGCGAACACGAGGCUAAGUUCUAUGAGUCUUUCACAUCGAACAUGAAGGUUCCAGAUCACAUCCAUAGAUACUUCCCGGUGUAUCACGGCACUCAGCUAGUUGAAGCAUCUGAUGGAUCUGGCAAGCUUCCUCAUCUUGUUCUUGAUGAUGUUGUUUCAGGGUACGCAAACCCGUCGGUAAUGGAUGUUAAGAUUGGAUCUAGGACAUGGUACCCGGAUGUAUCAGAAGAAUACUUCAAGAAAUGUAUUAAGAAAGAUAGACAGACCACCACGGUUUCGUUGGGGUUCAGGGUUUCAGGUUUUAAGAUUUUUGAUCACCAAGAAUCAAGUUUUUGGAGAGCUGAGAAGAAGCUUGUUCUUGGGUAUAAUGCAGAUGGUGCUAGAUUGGCUCUGAGGAAGUUUGUGUCAUCGAACUCUCCCGCUGACUCUAACUUGACACCAAACUGUGCUUUUGCAUCAGAGGUUUAUGGCGGUUGUAACGGGAUCUUAGCGCAGUUGUUGGAGCUUAAAGAUUGGUUCGAAACCCAAACGCUUUACCAUUUCAAUUCCUGCUCGAUUCUGAUGAUUUACGAGAAUGAAUCAAUCUUGAUGCAAGGAGGAGAUGAUGCACCGGCACCACGGGCACAAGUGAAGCUGGUGGAUUUCGCGCAUGUUCUUGAUGGAAACGGUGUCAUCGACCAUAAUUUCUUGGGUGGACUCUGCUCUUUCAUAAAGUUCAUCAAAGAUAUUCUUCAGAGCGUUGAAAAGCACGAUGAAACCGAUACUUCCCUACUUGAGAACGGGCGCUAGAGAAACGUCGUUCUUCCCGGCUCCAUUUCAAAUAAUCUCCAAGUUUUUCCUUUCUUGGACUAGUUGGGUUUUGGACAUGAACGUUUGUCCCUUUCAAUUGUAUAAUUUCGUUAACUAAACCAUUGUACUUUCUCAUUAGAGAAAUAUAUCGAGAGUUUCAUGAAAGUAAGCUAAGGCAGUUAAGCUU